AUGUUUAUGAGGUCUAGAACAUUGACAGAAAAUCACAAAAUUUUGAACAAGCCACUGACGCGUGCAUCGCUGAAUGCACUCAGUCAGCAGCAGAAGGGCAUCAUUAGAGGUUUUCCUAAGAUUCACAGUCCUCACCGAAACGUACACUACCGGAAAACGUCAUUAUUUGCAGCUGCAACCAUUAAAGUGUCCCUACCGCGUUCAUUUAGCACAUACCACGGAUUCCCAAAUGCAAACCUUAUAAAUGGCACAAGAGAGCUGCUCAAGAAACGUCAAUUUUCGACUAAAGCUAGAUUUUCAUCACGACUAAAACGCGUCAAGUUCCGCUCCUGGUUCACAUUGACUUCAGUUUCUCUCAUUUUUUUUGGUGUUGUGGCCAGAAGCUUCAUUGAGAUUGAAGAUAACCGAGAAGCAAAGGAGUCAAAGAUAAAAAGAUCUCACAACGUAGAAUCAUGGCCCCUUUAUAUAUACUCAAGACUUCCCUUGAAUUCACUUUCCAGGCUUUGGGGGCAACUAAAUAGCAUUGAUCUUCCUGUAUGGUUGAGGGGCCCAUGUUUCAAGUUUUACUCGGUAAUUUUUGGCGUGAAUCUGGAAGAAAUGGCUGAUCCUGAUCUUACACACUACAAAAAUCUGGCGGAGUUUUUCUGUCGGCCGAUCAAACCAGAGAAAAGACCUGUCGAUACUUCUGCAACCCUCUGUUCUCCAUGCGAUGGCAAGGUUCUGAAGUUUGGCAUCGUCGAAGAAGAUGGAGGGAUAGAGCAGGUGAAAGGAAUAACCUACAAAGUUGAUGCUUUGCUGGGCACGCACGAUGCGCCGAAAAUCGAAGCUCGUCCUCAACAGUUCGAUUUAAAAAAAACCCAAAAAGAAGCUCAUUUUAUUGACUUACAUGGGGGUAUCAAGGCUUUGACAUAUAAGAAGGAGGGCGAUCAGUCUCUCAUUCAUUCAUCGACAUCACGUAUUUUGUCUGUUUCGAGAACUCUUGUUGGCUCUGAAGGACACAAAGAAACCAACAGGCUGUUUUACGCGGUCAUAUACUUAGCACCGGGGGAUUACCAUAGAUUCCACUCGCCGGUUGAGUGGGUGGCAACAUUGAGGAGACAUUUUGUCGGUCAACUGUACUCAGUUGCACCGUACUUUCAGCGGACCUUGCAAAACCUGUUCAUACUGAACGAGAGAGUCGCAAUUCUCGGCUACUGGAAGUAUGGUUUCUUCAGUAUGACUCCUGUAGGCGCGACAAAUGUUGGCUCCAUAAAGCUGAAUUUUGACACCCAUCUUGCAACAAACGAAGUGUACGAACAUGAAAUAUAUUCUAAAGACAGAUUAGAUGAAGCGUUGACCGAGAAGUACAAUGUCCAGGAGCGCAAAAAGUUGAAAAAAGACACUUGUUAUGAAGCGACUUAUGCGAAUGCGUCGAAGGUGCUUCAUGGAUUUCCGUUAGUCAGAGGAGAGGAAAUGGGCGGCUUCAAACUUGGGUCUACAAUUGUAUUGGUUUUCGAAGCCCCUCCGAAUUUCCAAUUUGAUCUCCAAGAAAAUCAGCAGGUGCUGAUGGGACAAGGAAUUGGUAAAGUAGGACUUUAA